GCUUUCACACUCUCACAGCCUUCGCCAUCCUUUUCUUUCAUCCUCGAACCGCACAACACUUCCUCCGCUCUUCUCGCAAUGCCAUUCGCCAUCUCCAUGCUCCCGUCAGCUCACCCCUCAGCACGCCUCACGGUUGCUCUGGGCAACGACUGUUUACCCGCUGGCACGUGCAUCUCACCCUCGGCGCCCAGCCUCCUCCGAUGCAUUCCUCGAUGAGCCACCGAACUGCUUCUACGCCCACUCAUUGGCUCCCAGCACCAUCUGCCCGUUGCCGCUGCACGAAAGAUACUCGGGCGUGAUCCACAGGGUCCCGCGUUGCGCCAUGGACCGCUUUGGAGGAGGCUGGGCCUCUGUUUACAGACCGGGCUGCCCGCCAUCUCUGUGCUCCACUAUCCGUGUCAUGAACCGUUCCCCUCCUAACGCAACCACUAUCGCCAACCGUUCGGUCCAUGUAGGAACCAGCCCUUGCAGUCGACCUCCUGGUCUUUUCCUCCCUUCAUGAUGCAUCUGCUGGCUGCGCCGUCGCUGGAGAUGGGCUCGUUCAGCGUUUUCGCUACGCCUGUUGUUCCUUUCGUUUGGUCCAUCUUGCUGUUCUUUGUCACCGCUCGGUCGCCGUAUAACCCUACUCGUGUUCUUCAGCAUGGGACCGAGCUCUACGUCUUCCGACCGCUGGACGGCUCCUCGUCUCAGUUUUCCUUGGAACAUGUCGCAAUAUCGUCCAAGCUCGAUGCUUCAGAGAUACAGUACACGAGAUUGUCCUCCGAAUUACCCUUCCUCGCCUCCGAUACGCAGAAACCAUUUACCCCGGUGGUGGACAGUGCUGGUAACGUUACGGUAUAUACUGGGGAAUGUGGGUCGGAAAAGGGAGAGAUCUGGACAUAUGGCCCUGGGACUCCGGAUGAACGCAGGACCAAAACCUGGUGGAAGCAGGAUGUCGUUGUGAGUCGGGAAGAUGAGGAUGACCGAUCGACUGGACCACGGUACCUUAACGGGGCCAUUGCCUUUUCUCCAGUCGUUGACGGCAACAUGACAGACACGAGUGUCUACAUGUUCGGUGGCAUGUGUCCAACCCAAGGAGACGGCGAAGACUGGCAAGCCCAUGCGGAAUAUUCGAACUUGAUGAUGGCACUGGAUCCUCUGGCAAACGAUGUUCAGCCACUGGAGUAUCGCCUUAGUCUAUCCACAAGUCGAGGACCACCUAUACCGGAAGCGGGAUUUACUCUCACCGCACUUGCGCCGAGCUAUUCAAACCGUAGCGAUGGCAGCCAGACCCGCCAACAGAAUUUCGUGCUAGUGGGCGGCCAUACGAGCUCCGCAUUUAUCAAUAUGUCUCAGGUCGCCCUCUUCUCGCUCCCUCAACAAGGCUGGACCUUUGUCCCCGUGCAGCAACCAAGCACCGAGAGAACUGACCUUGCUAUUCGAGGUGACAUCACUGAGGUCGAGCCCCGAUCUGGUCAUACGGCUGUUCUAACUCCGGAUGGGCAACAUCUCGUCGUCUAUGGCGGUUGGAUUGGCGACCUCAAUACUCCUGCACUUCCACAACUGGCUGUUCUAAGUCUCGGCGAAGAAUACGGUGGGGUGGAUCAAUGGGAAUGGUCCGUUCCGGUAACGAGUGGCCAUGGGCUAGAGAAGGACUCUGGCCUGUAUGGCCACGGAGCAGCAAUGCUUCCUGGCGGAGUUAUGAUGAUCACCGGAGGCUACACCAUAUCCCCCUCGAGUUCACGGCAACGUAGAGGUGUUUCUGUCAAUGACAGGACUCUCUUCUUCAAUGUCAGCUCCAAUACCUGGAUUACCGAUUAUACGCCCCCUAAAGACCCGCAGGCGGAGCCUAGUAAAUCUGGCCCGCUCGCGACAACAUCUCAAAAAGCAGGUCUGGGCGUUGGGCUUGGUAUCGGCGUGGCUGCCGUGCUUAGCUUAUUCAUAUUCUACCUCUGGUAUACUAGGCGUCUGAGGAAGCAGCGCGAGAUACGGGAGAAGCAACUUCAAGAGCUAUCACUCGGCGCGCACCGAUACACGCUGGAUAACCUGUCGCCGGGACCUACAGAGACGUAUUACGAUGAUGCACAUGAUCAUUAUUCUUCGCCGACAAACGGAAAGCAUGGGACCAGAGGAUGGAGACAACUCAACGCCCAGGACGCGGAACGAACAGGACUUCUCGUGGAAAUCCCAAGUCCAACUAGAGGCCUGAGACGCAGCCUUGGCAAUCGACCCACCUAUCUCAUGAACAGAUACGAUGAAAGGAGGCUGCAUGGAUCGGGCCACAUCCACGUCAUCGAUGAACUUGAGGAGGAGCAAGAAGAAGAACGAGCUGCGCAGCGUCUUCGGGACCAAGGCCAAGAGCAGAGCGGUGCCACCGAAAACACCCCCCUGCAUCGGUCAGAGAUGUUGGAAAGAAGGGAGUCGAAAGGAGUCUCCAUCUUCGACAAUGCACCAAUCCUGGACCCCUUUGUGGCAAGCAAACGCGGAUCGCGCAUGGAUAUGGAGCAGAGCGCACCGCUCAUCCAUUCCGCACCUGCUUCACCCGAGCACGAAGAACUGCAUCAUAGGGCAAAUGAAUGGCUCUCGGUACACGACCCUGGGCCCGUCCGUCGUAACAGCCAACAUUCUGCUGGCCGCUUCUCGCCAGACAAGUCCGAUCGGACGGAAUCGACUCUGAGCGAGCGUAGUAUGCGGUCCAACUUGUCAUCAACUGGAAGUAUGGCGAGGACUGCUUCGAUGCGGUCUUCGGCAAUCUUGAACUGCGCCAACCCCUUCCAAACACCAGAUGGAAGCCCACCGAAUAGCAGAUCGAAUCGCUAUAGUGGAGGAUGGGAGAGCUCGGAUGAGCGCAGCCAAUCGCUCACAAGUACGCGCUCGGUGUUUGCAACAGCAGCUGAAGAGAGGGACUCAUUUACCACUGCGCCAACUUCAUUCAUGCAACUCCAGGCCGAAGGACAAUCGCUGUUGGGAGGAAACCCAGAACGAGCUCGUCCAGGGACGUCGUCCACUUCCAACGCGUCCUCUUCUCACGCAUAUCAAGACACUGGUACUCCGAUGAGCUGGGCGGGCACGGCUACGACGUCUCUCGCGGCUUCAUCACAGCUUGAUUGGCCCGGACAAAGCAGGAAGCGCCGCUGGUUGGGCAGCGUUCGCAAAGCUCUCGCAAGGUCCUCAACCACAGGACCAUCAAGCCGUACUCGCUCCAUGACCACUUCAACCCCUCACUUAGACCGCUACAGAGACGAUCCCCAGUCGGCAAUCGAGCCGCAUCCCCAGACUCGCAACUCAUUCCCGGCAUCUUCCGCACCUCGCCGUGCCGCCAGCGACGCCACCUUCUGGCGCCGCAGCAGGAGCAGCAAGCAAGAUUGGAUGGACGACCAACUCGAUCCGAUGGAUCCUCGCUCCAUUUGGCGGCGUAAGAGCGGUGAUGACUUCGGUGCCCCGGAGGAUGCAGCUCUCGCGAAGAAGGCGCGGCAGAAACAGGCAACCUUGAUUGAUCUCCUAGAGGAUGCGGGGACGUUACCUACACCGAGGCCGAUCCAAGCCGGCGACUUGGGAGACGCGAGAAGUGCGCAUACGGUGGCGACGGAGGAUGAAGAUUGGGAUGUUGAAGCCGCGGUGGAGAGGCGGGUUGUGCAAGUCACAUUUACGGCGCCGAGGGGGAAAUUGAGGGUCGUGAACGCGGACAUCGAUCGCUCCAGCAUCCUGAGUCUCCCUCGCGAUAAUGAGGAAGCAAGUCCAAAGAAUGCGGGCGGUCGGUCGGACACGGCUGCCGCUGCCGGUGCAAAUAGUCCUUCAAGUACGGCAACGGCUUCGCCGGGUGGAAAUCGCGUCAAGGACCUGGUUGGUCGCUUUGAAGGCGUCGCUACGGCAUCACGCUCGUCACCUCUUGCAGGGGCUUCCACCUCUUCUCCUCCACGACCAGCAUUGAAGACGGGGCAGGAGUUCCUCUUGUCGCCUUAUUCCGUUUCGCGUUCACCGAGUCCGAGCCCCAGCCCGUCGAUCAGUAGUUUGAAAGUUAGGGCGAAGCAGGGUCGGAGUUCGUUGGCGAAGACACAAAGUUCCGAGACGGGUGGGAGGAUGACGGAGACGCCGGCGGGGAGAUUGUGCUCGGAGGAUAUCACCACGCUUAGGGGUGCGAGCUGAGCUGGGCAUGUGUAUAUGGUGCUGGGAAUCGGCGAUUCGAUGCUGAUGUCUUGUUCAGGUGGUAGGGGAUUGAAGCAAAGCUGCCUGGAAUUUUGAUUUUAUAGUGUCUCUGAUGGACAAUGGCAUUUUGUGGGCGGGAAUCUGUUGUAUAUGUAGGCUUGGGCCUUGUAUGGAGGAGACUAGUGCCAGUUUGAUGCACGUUCGAACGUUCGUUUGAUGUAGAUAUGCUGAGGGAUGUGAUCAUGUGCGUAUGUGGUUAGUCUAUAGGUACUCCGUACUGGAUGUUAGAUGUUAGAUGAUAGAUGUAAUUGUUACUUUCGUUUGCGCCCGAUAGUCAGCGUGGAUAUCUGGA